UCUGUCGGGCAUAUGUCGGUGCCCCUACGAUGAUGAUGAUGCAGUUAUCAUCGGAGAAAUAGAAAAGAUCGAGAAAAGGAAAGUUGGAUUGAAAUUAAAAAAUGGUUCUUUGGGAGAUCACUCUUGGAACUGCAUAUUUUCUAGGUUUGAAGCGAACUUAUAGGUUGGCUCUCAAGAUUCAGCGUCGUCUUAUCACCCCUAAGCACCCUAAGAUCCGCAACUUCGUUCGCGGGAAGACACGAGCUGCGUUUGAUGUAGCGUUGAGAUUUCACAAAAACAUACAGGAAAGAGAUAUUGAAGUUGGUCGGAAUUUUGGCAACUGGAUUCUGAGGUGGCUUGACAAGAUGAAACCGUCAGCUCAGAUACGCUGCGGUCACCCCACCACCACCACCACCGCCGCCGCCGCCGAGCAAUCUCCUGCCGCUAGUGGUGAGAUGACAAAAACCAAUAUCAAGUCUGACACGACAAACAAGUUACCUAAAUCGUCUUCUCCCCACAACACUACUGGUGGUGGCCUGAGAAGAUAUGGAACUAAUGGUGACAGUCAUUCUGGUAGGAAUCUUUUUACUGCAUCUGGAAAUGUUUGGUCGAGACCGUUUGAGAAGACAAUGAUGAGGCCAUCCGGGGUCGUGAUUCAGCAGAGGUUCUUGAGUAUUGGGAGAAGAAGAGUGGGUUUAGAGGAGGGCGUCAUUCGUAAAGACAUAAUGCAGUGGAUCAUGCAGCAUGCAUAACAACUAGAAUUACACUGUCAAAAGCUCUCUUUCUUGUAAAACGAAUCAAAUGAAGACAAACUAAGAGUUUGGGAAGCGAUGGAGAAGGACGAUUGGAACAGUGGAAGAACAAUCAGUGAAUCUGAAAGGUUCCUUCGUCUUUACUCUUUAAUUUCGUGCAUUGUUUUUCCACUAAUCAAAGCGUUGAUUAUGAAGACCUGCAUUUAUUAUAUGAACCUCUUGGAGUAAGUAACUCUUUUCUUUUAAAGAAUCAUUAGUAUAUUUCCAUAUUUCAAAUCGUU